AUGCGCCGUAUGCUCCAUGAUGACGUACAAGAGAUGCGCCGCAUGACAGACGGUGUGCAAGAGGAAAUUCGUAAAGUAGGUGCAGAUGUGUUGGCUGUGAAAGAGGGGAUGGAUAUACUGACUACGAAACUAGUAAAGUUGGAAUCUCGAGUAACAGAGGCAGAGGAUAGGGUCUCACAUCUCGAAGAUGACAAUAAUCUCUUGACAGACCAAGUCCAGAGCUUGAUCAAAACUGUAAACCAACUACAGACGCGAGUGGAGUAUCAUGAGAACUACAGCAGAAGGAACAACCUACGACUUAGAGGAGUACCAGAGGACCAAGGCAACGGGCAAAACGAGAUGGAAUGCGUUCAAGCCAUUCUAAAAAACCUGUUUAAAGACACGGAACAAUCUACAGAAGACAUACUCAUUGAACGAGCCCACCGGGUGCCCACAGGACCCAGACGGGACCAGCGAGACGCGCUCCCAAGGUACAUCGUGGUAAGAUUUCUGCGCUUCACGGACAGGGAAAAGGUCCGCAAUAGAGCAAGGAGCAUCGGUAAAUUCCAUUGGAAAGACGCUCAAAUAGACUUUUUUCCGGACUUCACCAGAGAAGUACAGGAAAAGAGACGGAGCUUUAACGAUGUCAAACGCGCCUGUGCGGAGAAAGAGUUGAGCUACUCAAUGCAGUACCCCGCAGUACUUUAG